UUAUCGACAAGUUUGCAUGCUCGCAAGAGAAAUUAAAGUUAUUAACAAUAUAUUUCACAAUAUGAUUUAAGCUAUUUAGAAUUAAAUAAGCAAUGACAAAAUUUUAAGCAAAAUGAGCGACUUGGAUACUCGCCCAAAAGCCUUGCAGGAUGACAAUGCAGUCAACUGCAAGGUGUGCGAUGCGCCAUUUACAACAUUGCAGGAUUGCCUGGCGCACGAGCUGCUUAAGCAUACGAUCAAGCCACAGAAGAAGCUGCGCAAAUGUCUCGAUGCCGUUACAAAACUAUUUGCCAGCGAGCAAAUUCAAUCCGAAAGACGCACGCUGCAGACAUUGCUUGUCCAGACGCAAGCCGGACAGCAUUUGCGAGCUGUGCUGGGAUUCUAUGCUGGCAACUGUAGUGCCCUGGCCAACUGCUUCUCCCAAGUCCGUAAGAGCAUCCAGAAACAGAUGCAGGGAAAGGUUAAGGUCUAUCCUUUUGGCUCACUAGUCACGGGCUUGGCUUUAAAAGACAGCGAUAUUGAUUUAUUUCUGGAGCAAGUUGACACCGGUACCAACAGUAUGACGCAUCGUCAAUUAUUCAACCGGACUUACAAUUUUUUGCGUCGCUCUGAUUGCUUUUCGGAUGUGUUUGCCAUUCGACACGCCCGUGUACCAAUCAUUCGAUGCAAACAUGUGAUGAGCGGACUUAGUAUAGACAUCAGCAUGUCUAGUCCGAAUAGUACCUACAAUUCUCGCUUUGUUGCCGAACUAUUGAAUCGAGAUGUGCGUUUACGCGAACUCUUCUUGUUCCUGAAGAUCUGGGCCAAGAAACUGAAGAUAAUUGGCAGCGGCAGCAUGACCAGCUAUUGCCUGAUAACACUCAUCAUUUACCAAUUGCAACAGCUUCGUCAUCUGCCAUCGAUAAAGCAGCUACAAUCUCGAUGCCCGGUACAGGAUGUCUUUGGCAUCAACUAUGCAUUCUGCUUACAAAACGUUCGACCGUUGCCAGCUAGUCUAACCACCUUUGACCUAGUCACCAGUUUUUUUGAGCUGUACAGUCAUAUGGACUUUGAGAAGAAGAUACUGUCACCAUAUUUGGGCCAUGAAUUGGAUGUGGACACGGCAUUUUCUAUGCCCGGCAACUUCCCAGAGUACGAAGCCCAAAUGAUGGCCAUGCAAAGGGCCAACGGCGAACUGCCAGAGCCGUUCCAGAGUGAACGAUGCGUCUGUGUCCAGGAUCCCUUUGAGCUGCAACAUAAUGUGGGCCAAUCCAUAUCACAAACGAAUCUUUGCUAUCUGAAUCAAUGCCUUUUAUUGGCCGCUCAAGCUUGCAAGAAUGUAAAAUUGAAAUCAACUCCAGCCAAGUUCUAUGACUAUUUGCUGUUUGGUCUGGCCGAGAAUCUGAUGCAGGAACAACGCCUGGAACACCUACAGCCUGCUAAGGUACGCAAACAGGUCCAACAUAUAAUGGCAAAGCCUGUGGUUGCUGCCGCACUAAAACCUUCAGUAGCUGUGACAACAGAGCCUCCCAUUGCUGCCACAGCACAAUCUGAAGCUACAGCUACAGUAGUAGCUAAACCAACGGAUGACUCGUUGCCAUCGACUAGUGCUGUGGAGAAUGGAUCGCCACUUAUGCAUGUGCAUACACUCACACCCACUAAUAAUGAUCUCAAGAGUUUGCGUGCUGAUUUCCUAAGCAAAAAUCGUAAUGCAAAGAAUACAAUUUAUUAUUAUUGGGUUGAAUGCUAUGUAGAUGCUAUUAAGGAUAUACUGUCAAAUAUUUAUGCUUUGACUAUGAAGCAAAUUGAUUCAAAUGUACCGUCGACAUCCGAUACACUGCCGCGACACAUUACGUGGCUAAUUAGCACCUCGCUGGACACGUGGAGUGCGCGUAAUUUUCAACGGACCUCAAAACAAUCGUUCUUCGCCCAACAACUGCAGCAAACAAUUGAAUUUAGCAAAACACGUACACAAAAUCCAAGCUAUGCCAUCAACCUGAGUGGACGCUUCUCUUUAGUGAUCAGUCCGGACUAUAAGGAGCUGCGUUUGGAAUUGCAACCCAUGCCCGGCGACGAUUUGGCCCUACAGAGGCAAAGUCCGCUUACGAAAUUCUUCAAAUCGUUGAAGAACAUGCUCUGUAACUAUAACUUUAGAGAGAAGGUUAUCAGCUUGCAGUAUGAGCGUUAAUGUCCUUUAAGUCUUGUUGCCAAAGGAACCCAUUUUAAGCAAAUCUAACAAAUUCAAAACGAUUGGCAAAUCAUUAUCGUCAUAAUAUACAUUACAACUUUUCAAAUUUUAGGUUAAUGACUUCAGUUGUUCAUUUACGAUGCCCACAAUAAAUUUAGAUUUCUCGCGUUUUUUAACUCUUUUUAUGAAA